AUGGCGGGAUGGGAGGACGAGUGGCUGCCCUUCACGCACUUUCGGCUACAGGAGAUGGGAGACGAUGAGUCACGUUCGGAGCUUUCCUCAGAGGUCGCGCCGAAAGGGGAGCUGGAGAGCAGCGUGGAAUCGAUGUCAGAGCGAUUCCAGCUCUCUGCGGAGCAGGCACCCAACGGUGGAACCGCGGUCGCUGACUUGCAGAAGCAGGUGGACUCCAUCACUCAGAAGUUGACGCUGAAUCCAGCGGAGCGCCCCAGCUGGGAGACGGGAAAGAGCUGGGAGGAGCCAGCCAAAGCCACGGUGGCUUCUGCAAAAGCCACAGCGACACCGGAUCCGUCGGAUCCGGGAGGGCCAAAGACCGCCGUUUUGGAGGAUCCCCUCGCUGUUGCCUCUAACCUUAGCGGGUUUCGUGCUUGCACCCGCGGGUUCAUAGAACCUUGCAGUGCUCUGCCUGUGGUCUUCUUGCACAUCGUCCUUGGGUUCUUUGCGGUGUUCGGGCUUGCUUGGGUUCUGCAGCCGGUUCACUUCGAUCCUGGGUUUUGGUGGUGCAUGCGCUUCAUCAUUGGGUACGCCCUGGUGAUCCUGACUGCGGGUGGCUACGGCAUCCUCAACGCAACGCAGAGCUGCUCGCAGGAAGCGAGCUGGUCCCGCAAAAAAAAGCAGGAUGCACAGUGGUCUCACAACGAUCCGCACAUUGCCAGCGGCGAUCAUGGAAAUGCUUCCUGGGCAGCAUCUGGUCAAUGGUCGAGCUCUAUGGCAUCACAGGGUCCGAAAGGAUUUGGGAAGGGUUUUCCUCAAUUUCCCAUGCAAAUGGCAUCUCCGCCGCCACCCCCACCGCCCUUGCUUAUGGCAGCACCGGCGCCUCAUGGGGUACCCUGGAUGCCACAAGCUGCUCAGGGAGCUCCUUCGAUGCCUUCGAUGCCUUUCAUGCCGCCUUCUAUGGAGACCUCCGUGAUGCCCAUGUCACCGUCAUCGACAGCCCUGCAUCCACCUGGUGUUCCUUCCGUCUUAUUGCCCAAGCAGGAAAGCAGUGCGCAACAGAAAUUGAAUCGCAUUGUGAAAGCUGCCAAGAAGGAGGACCAUCUCUCACCCGAGUUUCAAGACUUGGUCCAUGCGGAGAUGAAGAAAGACGACAAGGAAAGCACCAACGACCUUUUGGACGCAGUUCGGGAGCAUGGAAAGGCAAAGGAGUCCUUGCUGGCAGUCGAAAGCGCCAGACGGCAGUUAUGGUCGCAGUGGCGUGUGUUCCUUCAGCAGUCUGUGAUCAAAUGGAAAGAGUACACGGCACAGUUCCAGACGUCCGAGGUUGCAUUCCAGACCCAGAUGCAGGAGGCCACAGCGAACCUUCGUCGCACGCAGAGGCGUGUGGAUGUUGCCAAGAAGCGUGCGGUUGCUCUUGGAACCGACGAAGCCAUCACUGUGCCAUCAGAGGACGAAAUGGACGAGACAGAAGCCAAGGAAGAAGAGGACUUGCCGCGCGACGAAAGCGCGCAAAAAAUUGCCGAAGGGCUCAAUCAGGAAAGAACAAUCGGCAUCGGCACCCGAAGACUUACCUGGUGCUACUGCUUCGCCCAGUAUGCAGCCUUUUGGCAAGCCCGGUGCUGUGUGACAAAUGCGUACCAGCAUCAAGGGCUUCAAGCCACCUGUGAUCCACAUGCAGCUCUUCUUCAUUGGAGUCACACGGUGUUGCAGGAACCGUCAUUCAUGUCUCCAUGGGAGGCCAUCGAAUCGGCACAAGACUUGGCAAUUGAAGUAGGAGCUUGGGGGCCACUUCAUUGCGAGGACUUUGUUCUGCCGUCCCAACGAAACAAAUCCAAAGGCAAGGUAAAGUUUGACGACACGGUCUUGGUUCUUCAGGGGAAGAGCAAUUCUGGGGAGUUCCACAUCCAGCAGACCAUCCUCAAUGACUUGUGCCAUGGACCCAAUCCUCAUGUUUGUCCUGGUGGUCAUCAUGAAAGAUCUUAUAGAUCGGUGCAACAAGAUUCUGCAGCGUCUAGUUCCAUGGGGAGCUCAUCAGCUACGCACUUUCUUGAUCGACGACUGACCAACGAGAUCCCAGGAUAUAUUCAUCACCUUCAGCAUCUUUGGCGAGACAACCUACUUCGGCUUCCUGAUGGACAAGCCUAUGUUGUGCGUACUUGGUAUUUGCAUCAUGUCCACCAACGUGUUUGGACAGUUCCUCGUGUUCUUCAUCUACCGGCAAAUCCUACCAUGUGGCACAGCGAACUUCUCGCAGCGUGGCGUGACAACCUUCACAAUGAUGAGGUGCUCAACAUUGCUGUGGUUUUUCCUGAGGUUCGUGCUCUUCAAGGAGUUUGGCCUGCACACGCGGAUCUUCUCCUUACGCAAGGUGGCCCAGAGCAAGCUGGUGGGCUGACCACAGUUUUUCCGCCCACUGCUGACGCACAUGGUAGCUACACAUGGGCUACAUCGCUACCACGGCAUGUGAGUGGCGUCGACAUCCUCACGGCGGUUAAUGCGGAUGUGAUGCUUCAAUCUCAUGCUUGUGAUCUUUUCCAUGGGGGUGUAGUGAUACCUACCACCACUGCACCCGCGCAUUGGAUGCAGAAUGGACAUUCUUUUGUCGCAGUUUUUCAAGAUUUACAAGGAAGUGGCGUACCCUUGCCUGAUGCUGCCGAACCUCUUGGCGCUGCUACCACGGUUGGUGCCACCAUAGUGCACCCUGAUUCCUCCUUGGAUGAUGUUGAAGACCAAGCAGAGGAAAGUUCACCGAUAGCCAGCUCCAACUUUGAUGAGGAAGAUCUGAAAGGCCUACACGUGUUUGGUUUGAUGCAACCUGAUCAUCACUGCUUUGUGCGUUGGACAACCUAUACUACCAUACUCCUGGAUGUAUUGGGCGUUGUCGGUUUGCAUCGCGACCUUGCCAUUGGUUUUCAUCAUGUACAAGUGCCUUUGAUUGAUCAGCAUGUGGAAGAAGAAGCAAUCAUCCUUCAACGGGUCGGUGACAUUCCUCCUGGUUCGCCUGACCAGUUGGUCGUCGUUGACAUUGUCUUUGAAGAGGGCAAUGAACCACCGGCGACCUUGCCUCGUAGAGUAUGGCGGCUUCCCAGGUUCCUAUGCCGUUCCACCGUCUUGCAACAUUUGCAGCUUGCUACGAUUUGUGAUCGUGAUCGACCAGACGCUUCUUGUUUGCUCUUCUUUAACAGAGCGUAUUGGGACCCAGACGAUGAUGCUCCACGUGAGUUCACUCAUGGGGUCUAUUUACGCAUUAUCGUUUUGCCGCCAAAGGACCACUCCAGCGCCAGUGUUGUGGUACCUAUCUGUGAGCAUGAUGUUCCACCCUCCAAACGGCAACGUCGAUCAAGGAGUGGAUCGCCCAAUCAGAGAUCUACUCCGACAGGGUCGAGCCUGUUUCAGAAGUCUAUGAAACUGAGUGGCACUUCUUCAUGGGGUACGAGAUCCAAUAGUGCCACGUUUCCCAGUCUGGCUUUCACCAAUGGACAUGCUGCUGCGCAAGUUGCACGUGAUGGGCAUGCACUUCCUCCUCUCAAUGCCAACUGGUCUACUCCAUUGCGCAAGACAUUUUAUGAUUGCGCAGUUGUUGAGUUCCAAGACGAAGGACCUGUGCAAUACUGGACGACGUGGUUUCUCCAUCACACCAGAUACCCUCGCAACUCUGAGUCUCGGGUACUGCGACUUGAUCGUCUUCGGCAGCACUGGUAUCAUGACCUACGCAAUCUGUGGGGCGAUGUCAUCGAUCAAAGCAGUGCGGCAUGGGUGCACCUCGUCUUGCCUAACCCUCCUGGCGACGCACAGCAACAGACCGUUGGUCACCUGCUGCUGGUACAAGGACACGGCCCUGACAUUCCGACGCUUUUGACAGCGGUUUUUGAUCAUCCUGUGCACAGACGUAUCUGGCACGUGGCUGCAUUUUUGCCGCAAUAUGCUGAUCGGAAUGACCCCAUCGAUAUUCUUGGGGUACGCCGUUUCUGUUCAUCGCGUACAUGUUAUUUUCAGGCUGGCGAUGCACAGUGGGCUCCACAAGAGGUUGCCAUACUUCAUCCAGGUGACUCCGUCCUGGUGACCAUUUCGCCUUUAUUGCCAGCCGGUGAUGUUGAUGCUACGUCCUUGAUGCAAGUUAGCCGUACUUCUGUUGACUCAAGUGCCUCAGGUGAUCCAGUUUCUGCUGUGGAUGUCCAUCCACCACCACAGACAAUUCCGAGGACUAUGCCACGCAGACUUGAGCGCUUUUGGCACCAGCAACUGACAGAAGCUUUCGAGCGCCAUGCUACCACCGAAAUGGAAGAGGAAGGACCCGUGCUCUACGUAUGGACAUGGUUCAUCAACCACCAAACAUCACGGACCUGUCGUGAACCAAUUGCAGUACGACUGACAGCCCCACCUGAUCAAUGGUGGGCUGAUCUCUUGGAACCCUGGAAUGCGGUUUUACAACCUGAUGCUUUGACGCAUGUCAAUAUCGUUUCUCCUUGGCCAUGGAACGACAGAUUUCGCAUUGACACCAUUCACAUGAUGAUUGAACAGUAUCCUUGUGAACCUGUUGUGGCAAGCAUUGUUACCACGUUCUUGCAUGGACAGCAAGGUGAUCGCAUCCAUCAAAUGGCAUAUUCUCUUCCACGUUGGCUUUGCACACAAGAUCUUAUUGAUCUCCUUCAGAUCAACCAUCUUUGUGAUGUGCAUCGUUGCACCGCUAUGGCAGGCAUCCAACACUUUGAGAAGUACAUUCGGCAUGAUGUGUAUACGGCUAUCAGCAUUGAAGUUCACAUUCAGCCGCCACGGUGCCAUGGUCAUUCACAAGCUGCCAGUGCUACUGAUCCCUUCAUUCAGCGACCUGAGGAGCGUGAUGAUGUCAGCAACUUUCUUCAACUUUCGAGGAGUAAAGAGCUGCUUCAUGGGAUACACGUCGAGGGUGCCUGUGCAUCGUCUACGCCUGGUACUACACAUUUUGGCAGUGUAGUAAAGGCACCUAUUGCGUACGGCAACUCUCAUGACGAACAGGUGAUACCCUUGAGGCAUUGGGCUACCCUGAAGUCCUUUGACCCAAUUGGUCCCUUCUCUUCACAACCAGUCGACAAAGUUGAUGAUGAUUAUCAGCAAGCUCAACAAGAAAUGCAACAUAUCGCGCGCCAACGAGAUCACUUUCCUCGUAUUCCUCAUGGACAACCGCAGAUUCAGGACUUGCACCGGUUUCUACAGCAACAAGCUCUGAUGUGGCAGGAGCAUCCUCCGGAGACCUUAACUAUUGCUGUUUGGUAUGCUGAGCAUGACCGUCGGCCUCAUAGUGGACUGAGCCGUGAAGUCCGACUGACUGGAGACGUUGCUCAAUGGUAUCAUGAUAUUAUCAUGGUUUGCGACGAUUGGAUUGAUCCAUUUGCCUCGCUGAUUGAGGUCAUCGUGCAUCCUACGCCCCUCGAUGGACAAGCUGAUGUAUUUGCCCAUUUGAUUCUGGUGCAACAUGCUCAACCUAUUCGCUGCUCCAUCGUGGUCGCCAUUUUCGAUUCUCAUGAUGAUCCAUGGCAUCCGCGAUUGAUCUGUCUCACAGUCCCUUGCUUCUUGUCUCAUGACAUUCUUUGUGGAUAUGUGGAUUUGGAUGGUACCUGUAGAGGCGCUCGUGCGGCUGACUGUCGUACUCUUCUUGGAGACCGUGACCUCACUAAUGUACUUCAAUUUGAGGCAGCGCAUGGUAUGCAUCUGGCCUUUCAUAUUCAUCAUCCUGCCACUACCCUGUCGGGUGCGAUUGCAAUGGAUUCCCUCUCCCACGCAGAAGUUGAGGAUACACGCGAUGACUUCAGUCUGCUCCAACAGGUGAAUACCAAAAAGAUCAUCAAGCUGGAUGAAUGCAUUCCACCUUCGAGAUUCACGACGGUUGAUUGUCAGCGUGUUCUUUUUCUUCGAGCACAGUUUGAUUUGGAGCAGCCUUUUCAGUCGGACACGGAUGUGCAUCAGGUUUGGUGGCAUGAGUCUACAUGGUACUCUUUGGCAUCUGUUCCUAUGUGGCAGCAAGAGCGUGUUACUGGCUUGUCCUUCUACACAGAUGGAUCUGCUUGGCGAUCUUCAGGUAAGGCUGCAGCCGGUGUCUUUCUCCUUGUUCACACGGAAGAUGGCCUCCGAUGUGGCGGGUUUCUUACUACCAAAUGCCUUGGGCAACCUACGGCACCACGGGCUGAGGCCACGGCCUUGAUUUUAGCCGCAUUGUGGAUGCGUCAACUGGUUCGUUGUCAUGCUGCUGAUGUAUCAUGGUUGGAGAUUGCAUUUGAUUGUGAACACACAGCCAAUAUCGCCCAAGGGCUCCAGAUGGCACAUUGCAAUUCCGACCUCUCCGUGACCUUGAGAUCACUCAUUCAAUGGAUCGAAAUCUUAUUACCAACGCCUAUCACUUGGACUCACCAUCGCAGUCAUCAAGGUGAUCCAUGGAAUGAAGCGGCGGAUUCAAUUUGCCGCCAUGCGCUUCAGCAUGAUGCGUACACCAUUGAUCUUGAUGACUGGUUUGAUACUUGUACCUUUCAAGGACAAGAUCUUUGUUCCAUUCAAUGGUUAUGGCUUCUGGAGAAAUCAUUGCGUCAUCAUACGGAUGCCCCUUCUUUGGUUGGAACGCAAUGGAGGUUUGAUGUGGCAGCUCCCUUCUCGACGUCACCAUCUGCUUGUCGUCAUCCAGCGGUCCUGCGACGGCGCCAAAUUGAUGAGUCAGGUCCAGACCACUUCGUUUUCCAAUUGAAUGUUGCGACUGCUAAUGUCCUCACGCUCUUCCCUGGUCAAGAUUUUGCUGCGUCCUUUUUCAGUGCAAGAGCUGAAUGUCUGGCUGAACAAUUUCUUCAAGAAGGGCUGCAUGUGGUUGGCAUUCAGGAGACCAGAUCGCGUGCUACUGGGCAUUCCUUCUUUGAGGAGUUUCAUGUGCUUUCAGGACCUGCGACGAAGCGAGGGCAUGGAGGAGUUCAGCUUUGGAUGCGGAAAAAGAUCUCCAUUGACUCGGAUAGCAUUGAGGUGAAUGCCUCUGAUUUGCGCAUCCUCCAUGCUACUUCCCAACGGUUGGUGGUUCGGUGGGCUUACCCAGGUUGUCGGCUUCUCUUUGUUGUCGUUCAUGCUCCCACAGAGGAUGAUGAGGACGUCUUGCAUGCCUUUUGGGAUGCCACCACUGAAGCCAUCCCAAUGGCAUACCGACAAUGGCAAACCAUAGUUUUGGCAGAUGCAAACAGCCGUCUUGGCAGCAACACAUCCUCAGCAGUUGGAGCUCAUCAGGCUGAUGAUGAGAAUGCCAAAGGAGCCUGUUUUCAUGGUUGGCUUCUCAACCACAACUUGUUUGUUCCUCAGACCUUUGCUACGUGUCACAAGGGUUCCGGAGGAACGUGGACCCACCCUAAGGGCACCACGGCGCGCAUCGACUUCAUUGCCAUGUCCUCCAACGUCAAGAUUGAUGAGGUGACCACAUGGGUUAGUUCGGGUGUGGACCUGGCACUUCAUCGAAAAGAUCAUGAAUGCGUUUGUGCUGCUAUUGGGCUACAAUAUUAUCCUGCUGAUCGACGUCCACGUGACAAGCGUGUCAAGGUGGACUUUGACCCUUCCUUUGCUACUGUUUGGUCUAUGGAUGUGCACACCCAUGCUGCUCAGCUUCAGCAUUGGAUUCGACAACGCAAUCCUACCACACGCCAUUGGCGCAAACGUCAUCUGACAGAGAGCACCCGGCAACUUGUCGAAGCCAAGCGGUAUCAUUGGAAACGAUGCACGGAGGUUCGUCGUCAUGUUCGUUUUGGCUGGAUGAGACUCAUCUUUGAAGCAUGGAGACGACCGCAGACUUUGUGCUCUCCCCUCUCUGCAUGGGUCAAACAAUGCGAUCACACUGAGGCAUGGCACAGAUGGGCGUUCAAUGACCUCGCCCCUCGUGUGGUGCAAGCCGUCCGAGCUGACGACCAAGACUUCUAUGCCAAGUUAGCUGCGGACACAGGAAUCGAAUCCUCGAAGGGAUGUCGUCAGAUGUGGAAGGCUGUCCAACAUGCACUUCCUAAGUGGAGGUCCAAGAGACGCUCCAAUCUUAGGUGCACAGGCCCCUCCUUGGAGGCACAAUUUCAACAUUACGAUGCAUUGGAAGCUGGCCAUGGUGUCACAUACGAAAACCUGUUGGCCCAAUGCCAUGAAGCGCAACGAGAAGAUGCUGAAGAUAUUCCUUUGACAAUGUCCUUGAACAGCUUGCCAUCCCGGCUGCACAUUGAGUCUUUGGGAUGCCGCAUUUCCACCAACAAAGCCCCCGGCAUUGAUUGUGUCGCACCGUUGGCCCUCCAACAGGUUUGUCAGACCCAUUCAGAUGUUUUACAUCAAUUUUUGAUGAAGGUGUGGAUUCUUGGUGCGGAACCUUUGCAAGGCAAGGGAGGAUUGCUUCACCCCAUUGCGAAAAAGGAAGCCAGUCAGCGUAUUGAUGGGAUGAGACGGAUCAUGUUGAUUGACGGCAUUGGUAAGUUGAUCCACUCGCACCUUCGUGGACAAUUCUUACCAGCCCUCGAAUUCAUGCGCAUGCCGCUUCAGCUUGGGGGAUUUGCGCGCAGUUCCACCCUCUUUGCCACCCUGUAUGUGCGCACCUUCACCCAGAUGGCCGCUCGGAGAUCACUAUCCUCGGCUAUUCUUUUCGUGGAUAUCAAGAGUGCCUUCCACUCCAUGGUACGCCAGCUGAUUUUUGGUGGAGCGCCUUUGCACCCGAAGUUGACACAGAUCCUUGAGCAACAUGACCUUGAUUUGACUGCACUUCAGGAAAAGGUUGACCACCCUCCACCCAUUGACACUUUGCCGCUCGCGCAGCCAGCAGCACGACUUCUACGGGAUGGCCAUCGGUUUACAUGGUACACACUUGGGGCUUCAGAAGCUGUGCAUCAAACAGAGCGAGGGAGUCGACCUGGCAGUCCUCUUGCAGAUGUAGCCUUUAAUAGCCUCAUGGCGCUUGUCCUUCAGGAACUCCAAAUCCGAUUGGAUCAGCAUGGGCCCCUUCAGGCUGCUUUUCAAUUGCUUGGACUUCGGGCCGCUCCAGUGGCAUGGGUGGAUGAUUUGGCAGUGCCGGUUGUUGCCUCACAUGCGUCGGCGCUCGAACCUAUUAUACAAUGGACAUUGCAAGCGUUGAUUGAUGUUUGCUCGUCGUUUGGACUCCAGCUGAAUCUGCAGCCGCGCAAAACCGAAGUAGUACUCACAUUCCGGGGCGCUGAUGCUCCUGCUCAUCGGCAUGAGUGUCUUCGUGAUCAUUUUGCCCGCAUCUCAAUUCCUUCAACAAAGCAGAUGGUUCGUUGCGUGCCUCUCUAUGAACAUCUUGGCACUAUGUUUCAAGGUGAUGGUGGUAUCGAUGCUGAACUUCGACAUCGAGCUCACAAAGCCCGUCUUGCGCAUAAUCAGAUCCGGCGUGGGAUUCUGUGCAAUCGUCACAUCAAGGUGACGGUUCGUUUGCGUUUGCUGGAGGCCCUUAUUAUGCCCAUCCUGUUCCAUGGUGCUGGAAAUUGGCCACUUCUUGGCACUUUACAGGUUCAACGCCUCCAUGGUGCAUACCUCAAAUGGAUCCGAUCUGUGCUGGGGAAUGGAUAUUGGGCGCCUGGGCAGCUGACCGACGUGCAAAUUCUUCUGCAGUGGCGGCUGCCCUCAAUCUCACUACGCUUGGCCAAACACAGACUCUUGUUCGCCUUCCAUCUCUUUGCUGAUGCACCGCACUUGAUUGUCGAGAUGGCCACAGCGGUCGCGGACAUUCCUCGAUCUUGGUUUCAGGCUCUUCGGCAGGCCAUGGCGUGGGCUGUGUCAGUUGAUGCAUCCUUUGUUGCUGAUGAUCCUUUGACCAUGUCCAUCGAUGCCAUUGUGCAAUGGUUUUCUGAUCACAAACACGAUGGACAUCAUGCAUUACGACAACAGCUUGAAUUUGGUGGUGCUUCCUUUGCCAAUGACAUGAUGCCUCGUCCCUUCGACCACAUGACGGAGGCUGAGCCGAUAAGCAUCGUGAUGGAGCACAUUCUAGAUCCGGUACGUGCUCAACAUGAAUUGCUACGGCCUUUGCUCCAACCUAUGGUGCAGGUCCCAUCCUGUCGUGGCGUCCCCAUUGAUGCCACUAGUGAGGCACCCAUUCUUUGGGUACUACAUCUUUUUAGUGGUCGACGGCGCAUUGGAGACUGUCACUGGUGGUUGGAACACAUUGGUCGGCAUUUGUGGCCGGGACUUACCAUUCGCAUCGUGUCUCUUGACACAGCGGUGCACCCAAAGUUGGGCAACCUUGCCACUGGGCCCAACUUGGCCCGAGCCCGACGCCUUGCUGAGCAAGGCCUCAUCGCAGGGGUUUUGACUGGACCCCCUUGCGAAACUUGGUCUGCGGCCAGGCAUAUCGUGCUUGAGGAUGGCAAGGGUCCCAGACCAGUUCGCUCUGCAGAUCUUCCAUGGAGUUUGACCUCGCGCACAGGGAAGGAAAUGGUUCAGACUUCUAUGGGAACGCAGUUGCUUACCAACUCUUGGACCAUUGAGGCUGACCAAGAGGAUCGAGCAUCGGUCUGGCGCACUGAUGCCCAUCAGCAAUGGAUGAUGAAGCUCCCUGGAGCCUACCGCCACUACAUCCAACAGUAUAUCUUUGGAUCCAAAGGCGUGAAGCCUACCUGCUUGCGUGCGCUCAAUUUGGGCGAUCCUGGCGUCAUGGACAAGAUCCUCAAGGAGGGUAUGGAGCUAUGGCGUCCACGUCCGACCUUGCAGCUUGCUGGGCGAAGUGAGAGCGGAACCUUUCGCACGGCUGCUGCGAAGGAAUAUCCUUCCGCUUUGUGCCGCACGUUAGUGGUAGCGCUGAUUCAGGGCCUGAAGACCCGAGCUAGUACAGAGGGGUUUCGGCCUGCAGCCACCUGUCGGAAGGCCGAUUUGGUUUGGCUCCGGAAUGCCUGGAGGGCUUCCGAUGUUUACACCCGUGCUCCCGAUGCUGCUGCCGCGCUGCAGCAGCAGGUCAACGGUCAACGGUCCACGAUGGAACCGGUGAGUGCUGCGCAUGGGAAUGAGUUCAACAUCUGCCACCUGGCUGCGAAUGAGGAUCCGCCAGCGAUCCAGCCUGACGGGCACUAUUUUGGUGGCUAUAGAUUCAUGUUGCUAGGUGAUAUUGGUCCCUCUGAUGAAGGCCGCGCUGCAGUGCCUGAACCUGCACCCUCUCCUGCAGCAGGAGAUGCUCCUGCGGUAGAACCAGAACUCUCCACAGAAGAGCUGCGAAAGGUGGAUCUGAGCAAAACUCAAACGGAGCAAGUGGUCCUGGAGCCCAGUAGGGUCAAGUCCUUGAGGUUAGCUGAGACGAUGCAGAAGCAGGUCCCGGCACGUGAACGUCGUCCAGUCUUGGGUCUUUCCGAAGAUUUGGUGGCCUCUUCAGUGAGUGUGCUGGAAGGCCGCUUGCGUGUCUUCGCGGGGCUUCCCAAGCAUCGGACUAAUCCCAGCAGCAUGUCGUGGAUGCUGGAAAUCCCACCACUUGUUGCGAUCGUUGGACCUCCUUGGCCCAAGCAACAUGUCGACAAAGCUUGGCUGAAAGAGUCGGCUUCCCAACAGUGGAAGCUGAAGAAGCUGCACAACGAGUAG